AUGGCGAGUCAUCGGAGAAAAUUCAAAGAGGAUGCAGGAAGGGACGUAAUAAGUGAACUGCCAGUGGAAGUGAAAGAAAGGAUUUUGGAGUGCUUGCCUACUCGAGACGCUGCCAGAACUGCUUUGCUCUCUACUCACUGGAAUGAGGUUUGGUUGCGGCAUGGACGACUUGAGUUUGAUAAGGACUUCUUGGAAUGCCUCGAUGAGAAAGGUAUAGCUCUGAUUAACACAAUAAAUGAUAUUCUCAUGCUCCGUGCUGGACCGGUUAAGAAAUUUACUCUACACCUUGAUUAUGCAUCGCAACCUCCCCACCAGUCUGAUUUAGAUCGGUGGUGUCGUUUUCUUUCGAGAAAUGGUGUACAGGAACUUAACUUGUAUAUUUCGUGUAACCAUAAGCUUCCAUCUUGUGUAUUCUUGUGCCGGACAAUUAAGCAACUAAGUCUGGGUGGUUUCAUUUUGGAUUUGUCGAUCCCUAGUUGUAUAUUUCCCAGCCUCACUUCAUUAUUUUUCAAUAAUGUUGACUUUAGUGACAAUGUUAAGGGAAUUGGCUAA